GAGGCCUCACAAAUCUUCAACUUCUUCCUCAUGUCUCAGUCUCAAAACCCUAAAUUCCAGUCUCUCCCCCUCGGAACCAUGUCUCAAGAUGCUUCUGUGGACCGAAGAAAACGGACCCAAGCGCCCAUCUCUGGAAACGCUGACGGAAACAGGAACGGGAACGGAUAUGCAAACGGCGUCGUAGAGGAUGAUGAGCUUAGGCUGAGGCUGCGCCCAAACGAGAAUCACAAGCCGGAGAGCUACGCGGACUUGCAAUUGGAUUUCAGCCCGCUCCUCUUCAGCUCGCUUGAGCAGUACUUGCCAUUCAACAUGCUCAACCUGUCACGUGAGCUCAAGCUUCAAUACAUGCGCCACAUUCUGCUCCGUUACUCGCCCGAGGGCGAACGCACUCGUGAAGAAUGUACUGCUUGCAAUUUCGACUAUCAGGAAAGGACAGUGCUAGUGUUAGAAACUACCUUGCUCAAAUCAUUCUAUGCGUGGACCACAACUCGCACCAUCUAUCAUGUUUCUUCCUUCCAAGAUUUUGUUCAAAGGCAUAGAGAAUACAAGAAGAUGAUAAUGUUAAAUUAUCCGCCUCUUCACAAGGAACUGUAUACUAUGGAUGCUGCAAAAUUCUUUGUCCCCUCAUUUCUCAAAGCAAUCAAUGACAAUACAGAGGAGAGUUUUAGAAGCAUAAUGACCGAAUCCUCUCCAGGAGUUUAUACAUUUGAAAUGCUUCAGCCUCAUUUUUGUGAAUUGUUGCUGUCUGAGGUAGACAAUUUUGAAAGAUGGGUCCAUGAGACAAAAUUCAGAAUCAUGCGACCUAACACAAUGAACAAUUAUGGUGCUGUUCUUGAUGACUUUGGACUGGAAACCAUGCUGGACAAGUUGAUGGAGGACUUUAUAUGUCCUAUAUCUGGAGUUUUCUUUCCUGAAGUUGGUGGAUCCACUCUGGAUUCGCAUCAUGGUUUUGUGGUCGAAUAUGGAAUGGAUAGAGAUGUUGAACUUGGUUUCCAUGUGGAUGACUCCGAAGUCACAUUGAAUGUUUGCUUGGGCGAGCAAUUUGGUGGUGGAGAUUUAUUCUUUCGAGGUGUUCGAUGCGAUAAACACGUGCACUCAGGAACCCAAUCAGAGGAGAUCUUUGAUUACUCCCAUGUUCCGGGGCGUGCUGUUCUUCAUCGUGGUCGCCAUCGGCAUGGUGCCAGAGCCACAACAUCUGGGCAACGGGUCAACUUACUUUUGUGGUGCAGAAGUUCGGUCUUCAGAGAGCUGAAAAAAUAUAAAAAAGAAUUCUCUAGCUGGUGUGGAGAGUGCCAACGUGAAAAGAAAGAGAGGCAGCGUAUUGCAGUUGGUGCUACAAAACUGGAAUUAUUCAAGAGGUUACAAAAAUCCACUUCAUGAGCUUGUUUCACGUGCAAGUUAUAUACCUUUGAAGUUGUAAAUGAGCAGAAUCUGAUCCUAACCAACACAUGGGAGCAUUUUUUGUUGGUUAUAUAUAUAAAAUUUGCAUAGGUUUAUGUUGGUAAUGGGAUGUCUUUCUGUGCUUUGUUGCUAAAAUACAUUUUGGGUAGGCCUUUGUUGGCAAUAUUUGAAGGGUAGCUGUACAUUCAGAUCAGGUCAAUUGCAAUGCUGAGACACUGCUAAUGCGAUGAUUCUCUUGUGUGCUUGAACGGCA